AUGACAUCGGAGCCGGAUUACAUUCACGACAAGAAGAGGGUCAACUUGACUGACCCUUCGGGCGCCGAGCACAAAGAGGAAGAUGUCUCGACAGCAAUUCUCAAGAAGAAGAAGAAGCCCAACUCGUUGAUCGUCACCGAUGCCGUCAACGACGAUAACUCCGUUAUUGCUCUCUCCAACAACACUAUGGAUACUCUCCAGCUCUUCCGCGGUGACACGGUCUUGGUCAAGGGUAAGAUGCGGAAAGACACCGUUCUUAUCGUGUUGGCGGACGACGACCUCGACGACGGUAGCGCUCGCAUCAACCGUGUUGUCAGACAUAACCUCCGUGUUAAGCACGGCGAUAUGAUCACGGUUCACCCGUGCCCCGACAUUAAAUAUGCCAAACGUAUUGCUGUUCUCCCCAUUGCAGACACCGUCGAGGGUCUGACCGGUUCUCUUUUCGAUGUCUACCUUGCCCCAUACUUCCGUGAGGCCUACCGGCCAGUGAGACAGGGCGACCUGUUCACAGUACGUGGUGGUAUGAGACAAGUCGAGUUUAAGGUAGUCGAGGUGGAUCCCCCAGAGUAUGGCAUUGUCGCUCAAGAUACCGUCAUCCACUGCGAGGGUGAGCCGAUUCAGCGUGAAGAUGAAGAGGGCAACCUCAACGAAGUUGGUUACGACGACAUUGGUGGCUGCCGGAAACAGAUGGCUCAGAUCCGUGAGUUGGUCGAGCUGCCUCUUCGCCACCCUCUCCUGUUCAAGUCUAUCGGUAUUAAGCCCCCGCGUGGUAUCCUCAUGUACGGUCCCCCUGGUACCGGUAAGACUUUGAUGGCUCGCGCCGUUGCCAACGAGACCGGUGCCUUCUUCUUCCUGAUCAACGGUCCCGAGAUCAUGUCCAAGAUGGCUGGUGAGUCGGAGUCGAAUCUGCGCAAGGCCUUCGAAGAGGCCGAGAAGAACUCGCCCGCUAUCAUCUUCAUUGAUGAAAUUGACUCUAUCGCACCCAAGCGUGAGAAGACCAACGGAGAGGUCGAGCGCCGUGUCGUCUCUCAACUUCUGACCCUAAUGGACGGUAUGAAGGCUCGCUCCAACGUGGUCGUUAUGGCCGCCACCAACCGCCCCAACUCUAUUGACCCUGCUCUCCGUCGUUUCGGCCGUUUCGACCGUGAGGUCGACAUUGGUAUCCCCGACCCCACUGGUCGCCUGGAGAUCAUGUCGAUCCACACCAAGAACAUGAAACUUGGCGAGGAUGUCGACCUGGAGACCAUUGCUGCCGAGACUCACGGUUAUGUCGGUUCCGACUUGGCUUCGUUGUGCUCUGAGGCCGCCAUGCAGCAGAUUCGUGAGAAGAUGGACUUGAUCGACCUCGACGAGGACACAAUCGACGCCGAGGUCCUCGACUCCCUUGGUGUCACCAUGGAGAACUUCCGCUACGCUCUCGGUGUUUCCAACCCCUCGGCUCUCCGCGAGGUCGCCGUGGUCGAGGUCCCCAACGUCCGCUGGGAGGACAUUGGUGGUCUCGAGGAAGUCAAGCGCGAACUCAUCGAAAGCGUUCAGUACCCUGUGGACCACCCCGAAAAGUUCCACAAGUUUGGUCUUUCGCCUUCUCGUGGUGUGCUGUUCUAUGGUCCCCCCGGUACUGGUAAGACCAUGCUUGCCAAGGCCGUUGCCAACGAGUGUGCUGCCAACUUCAUCUCCGUCAAGGGUCCUGAGCUGCUGAGUAUGUGGUUCGGUGAGUCUGAGAGCAACAUCCGUGACAUCUUCGACAAGGCUCGUGCUGCUGCGCCUUGCGUUGUCUUCCUGGAUGAGUUGGAUUCGAUUGCUAAGUCUCGUGGCGGUUCCGUCGGUGAUGCUGGUGGUGCAUCUGACCGUGUUGUCAACCAGCUUUUGACUGAGAUGGAUGGUAUGACAUCGAAGAAGAACGUUUUCGUUAUUGGUGCCACCAACCGUCCCGAGCAGCUUGAUGCUGCCCUGGUCCGUCCUGGUCGUCUGGAUACUCUUGUCUACGUUCCUCUUCCCGACCAGGCCUCUCGUGAGAGCAUCAUUCGGGCCCAGCUUCGGAAGACUCCUGUUGCACCGGAUGUGGACAUUGACUUCAUUGCUAGCAAGACCCACGGAUUCUCUGGUGCUGACAUUGGCUUCGUCACCCAGCGUGCUGUCAAGCUUGCUAUCAAGCAGUCGAUCGCUAUUGACAUUGAGCGCACGAAGCAACGUGAGGCUGCCGGCGAGGAUGUCAACAUGGACGAAGUUGAAGAGGAAGACCCCGUGCCGGAGCUUACCCGGGCCCAUUUCGAGGAGGCCAUGAAAUCUGCACGUAAAUCUGUCAGCGACGUGGAAAUCCGCCGGUAUGAGGCGUUUGCCCAGAGCCUGAAGAACUCUGGUGGCAGCAGCUUCUUCCGCUUCCCAUCUGCGGGUGAAGUUGGGGAGAAUGAUACAUUUGGGGAAGCCGGCAAUGACGACAGCCUCUACGAUUAA